GCUGUACUGUUUCCUCUGACAUGAGUCAGCAACCUGUGCUCUUGUUGAGAGUGUGUUUAGGAAGCUGAUGAACGGCAUCCAAGAAUCCUGCAUGAAUAUUUCAUUGGAAAGUGGAUGCGGCUUUAAUUGUGUUUGCGGGUGACGGGGCGCAUGACACUCCCAAUACAGUCAUCAGAGCAGAACCACAGCAGGAGGCCCGACUGACUCACUGCUCCUCAUUCAUUCAUUCACUCAUUCAUUCGCAAAUGUUCGGUGCGCUAUAAAAUGCCUUCGAGGAGGGGGAUAUUGGACUCACGCUUUUAGGUUCUCGCAAGGCUGGAUACCAAUCAUCAUUAUUUAGUUGAUUUAACAACAAAGAGAAAAUGAAAGGAUUUCUAAGUCAUGCUGAUGCCCCUGGCGAAAUCCGCGUCUGAAUCACACAGCAUACUGAGGGUUUAAGAGGGGAGGGCACUUCCUAUUCCCCAUGCUUACAUUCUCCAUCUGCGAUUGGCCCAUUGGCAAAUUUGGACCCUAUCGUCGCAGAAAUGUGCACUUCAUCAGCUCAGUGAAGUUGAGCAUCACGUAGACUUGACCUAAAGCUGAGGAGAUGCUACAGUGACCCGAGUCCUGUGAUUCACUCCGGAAUAAACACUGACCAGUCUGUUUAAUGCUGUUUGGAGGCUUAACCAAUGAUCUGUUCUUGUGGUGUGAAGCAAGAAGAGGUUGAAGACAUCCUGGAGACAUGGCUGAAGUUGGAGUUUUGAAAUGUGGAGGAAAGCCUGAAGCUUUUUCAAUUCUUGGGAUUUAUUUGGAGGUUGAUGGGCGAGAUGGGUGAAAUGGGCUCGGUUUAUGAGCAAUAUUACACAGGGGGCUGUGCAAGGACCGAGGAGGAGGAAGCCGCGAGCUCCGAGGAGGACUCGAGCUCGUUCCGUGGAAGUGGACUCUGUAAAUGGUUUAACGUGCGGAUGGGCUUCGGCUUCCUGUCCAUGACCCACCGGGAGGGCAUCAGUCUGGACUCCCCCCUGGAUGUGUUCGUCCAUCAGAGCAAGCUUCAUAUGGAGGGCUUCCGCAGUCUGAAGGAAGGAGAAGCAGUGGAGUUCACCUUCAAAAGGUCCUCGAAGGGUCUGGAGUCCUUACGGGUGACGGGGCCCGGUGGGGCGCCAUGCGUGGGCAGCGAGAAGAAACCGAAGGGUGCCCAAAAACGCCGUUCAAAAGGAGAUCGAUGCUUCAACUGUGGAGGGCCGAAUCAUCACGCCAAAGAAUGCCAGCUGCCACCUCAGCCAAAAAAGUGCCAUUUUUGCCAAAGCAUCACCCACAUGGUGGCCAACUGUCCAAUCAAAGCACAGCAGUUGUCACCGGGAUCUCAGGGAAAAUCAACAACCUCAACCACAGGAGAAGAGGAGGACAUGAGCCACGCCCCCUUCCCUCCCGACAGCUCUGAUUAGUCGGGGGAAGGUUGUCAGGGAAACACAAGAACCAAUCAAGAAGUUACAAUGGAAAGCUGCUUUUGAAACUAACUCAGGUUUUUCUUUUUCUAACAGCAGAAAUGAAUGUCGGCGCUCACUUUUGUACUUUAGCCAGGAAAUUAUAAAGCCGGAUUAAAUUAAUAUUGAAUAUUGUACCAC